GCAAAAAAAGCCCAGCUCUGGACUGCAACAUAGUCAAAGAGUGAAAGGGAAGAGGGCGAAAGUGCCACUGGAGAUAAUUGAUUAGCUACCAAUCAAUGAUAACUUGUUAGUAAUCGUCAACUGUUUGGAGCUCGCCAUUUUCAGGGAGGCUUCUCACUCCUGCGGACCCGCUGCUCACUUGGAGCGCACCCCCACCCGGAAUAAGAUCUGUUUCUCCCCUCGUUGCCUUGAUUUUUUUCCCAAACUGUUAUGACUUUCUCCCCACCACCACCACCUUCCUCAUAGCCUCGUUCGUUUCCACCCGGGUUGUAUUUUCACCCCCCCUCCACAAAACCAAGUCAGACGCAAAACUCUUCCUCCGCGCGGAGACAUGACAUCCAAAGAAGUGGCCAAAUGUGACGCAGCGGAGAGCAGGAGGCGAAGCCCGCUGGACCACUUGCCGCCUCCCGCCAACUCCAACAAGCCGCUGACGCCCUUCAGCAUCGAUGACAUCCUCAACAAGCCGUCCGUGAAGCGCAGCUACACGAUCUGCGGCACGGCGCACAUCAUCUCCUCCUCUGAGAAGCACCGGCCGUCCAGCCUGCCCCUGUCCAGCCGCGCGCUGCUCACCCAAACCUCGCCUCUGUGCGCGCUGGAGGAGCUGGCCAGCAAGACCUUCAAAGGGCUGGAAGUCAGCGUCCUGCAAGCAGCUGAAGGCCGAGAUGGGAUGACUCUGUUCGGCCAAAGAACCACCCCAAAGAAGCGCCGGAAGUCCCGGACGGCCUUCACCAACCACCAGAUCUACGAGCUGGAGAAGCGCUUCUUGUACCAGAAGUACCUGUCCCCCGCCGACCGAGACCAGAUCGCGCAGCAGCUGGGCCUGACGAACGCGCAGGUCAUCACGUGGUUCCAGAACCGCCGGGCCAAGCUAAAACGGGACCUGGAGGAGAUGAAGGCCGACGUGGAGUCGGCCAAGGCCAUCGGCCAGGUCCCGCUGGACAAGCUCGCCAAGCUGGCGGACCUGGAGAAAUGCGCCAACGGCACGCUGGGCCACCCGCGAGCCGAGUCCCCCGCGCUGGGUGGAGGCCCACAGGAGCACGAGCUCGCGCAGAAACUGCGGACGUCGCCGCUGUCCCCCUUCUCAGACCACACAACAAGUAAAGAGUGCUCGGAGGAUGAGGACGUUGAGAUUGAUGUGGACGACUGAUGGCGCGCGCGCGCGCGGAGAGACGAUCCGACUCCAACAGAGGACUUGUAUAAACUUACUGCUUAUAUUGUAAACCACAUCUCAGAACGUGUACCAAAAUUAAAAAGACUUUUCUAUCGGCACAGAUCGGCCUGUUCAUAGUGAAGCAUGAACGCAGAACAAGAGAUAUGCAGAGAUAUUUUACAAAAAAAAAAAUGUAUCCACGAGCGAAAUGUUUCUCCUUCCGAUCAAAGCAAUAUGAGCUGAUGGUAUUAUUUUUUUACAGGACAAACACGACAUAGAGAGGCUCUUAGACGUGCACGCGCACACACCCGCUCUGUUUCCUGUAAGGCCUGUCUGCGCGCGCACAUACACCGCUCCGGUUUCUCUAUUUGUUUGCAUGGAAAUGCAUGAUUUGAUUUGUGAUCAUUAUAUUUAUUUUUACCCUUUUUAUAUUUAACUUAAUUGCUUUAUUUUUUGUUUAUUUCUCUGAGCCAAAUCUUUGUCACUGCCGGCUCUUCCUCCUCCUCCUCCUCCCGGUCACGGUGCGUCAUGGCUCGGAUCGGAGAGGCCAAACUCGGACACUCAGUUAUGCGUUGGAAUGCUCCAUGCCGAGAAGAGAAAAAGAAAGAAAGAGAGAAAAAAAAGAUCAAACAGCGGUGAUUUUGACAAGCUACUUUUUAGAUUCUCUGUUUGGAUACGAUAGAUUUACAGUUCCUAUAAAUUUGUUAUGUUUUGUACACCUGGAAGUGCCUUUCUAAAAUCAGGACAUGAUCUGAAAACCAAUGCACAGACUGUAUUGUAUAUAGGCUACUAUGGGAAUAAAAACUGCUUUUCUGAA